AUGGAAAUAUAUGCAGAGGCAUAUGAUGUUAAAGUGUGGAGAGUCAUCAAAAAGGGGAACUAUCCUCUAUCGGCUGCUGCUCAACCUCUUGCUCAUCCUAAAGAUAUAGACUUAUAUAUAGAUGAGCAAAUGGCGGUUGUGCAUGUCAACAACAAGCUUGAAGUUACAUAUGAAGGAACCAACAAAGUGAAGGAAACACAUAUCAACAUGUUGGUUCACGAUUAUGAACUCUUCCAGAUGAAAGAAGGAGAAUCCAUUGAGGAAAUGUUUGCCAGAUUCAGUAAAAUGAUUAGCGACCUAAAAGUUUUUGGCAAACCAUACUCAAGUGGUGAUCAAGAUCUUAAUAAAUUAUCUUAUGAUGAACUUCGUGGAGAACUCAUAGCCUUCGAAAAGACGCAUCUCAAGAAAACAAACCAAGAAGAAAAGAAGAAAACAGUUACAUGCAAGGCCACAACUGAGAUAGCUGAGAAUGAUAUCAAUGAUGAUCCUAAAACCCUUCGAGAAGAAAUUGCUAUGAUGUCAAGAAACAUGGAUGACUUAAUUAAAAGAUUCAGGAAUAAGAAAAGUGGAAGGAUUCCACCUAAGCAAAUCAGUUGGAGUGAUGAAGACAGUUCAAAAUACGAAGAAGUAGCAAAUCUUUGCUUCAUGACAAUUCUGGAAAACGAUAUGAACAAACUUUCAAGAUGCUGGAUAGAUGAGGAUACUUCAGACGAUGAAUGCAAAGACAACAAUGAAUAUUGCUUCAUGGCUCGAGGUGAAACAAACGAGGGUAUUCUUGAUCUCACUUUGAAAGAGUCUCAAAAAAUGAUGGAUGAACUAAAGAGACUCAACAAAGAAAUAAAAGACUGGAAACUCAAACAUGAAGUAUGUGAAAUCGAAAAAGAAGUACUUCAAGAAAUGUUUGAGGAAUCGCAAAUGAAAUUCAGUGGCAUGCGCAAAUCCCCCAAUCAUAGUUCAAUCAGCUCAAACCAGACGACUUACAAGUCAACUGGAAAAAGGACCAGCCAGAAUUGA